UCGCUCCUCGCGUUCAUUUCAUUCCUCAUCUCAUUCCGGACAUUCUUCGCAUCACUGUCCGCGCAGCGCCGACUCCACGUACAUUUCACACGGCCGGCCCCAGAAAGGCGACAAAUAAACUUUGCAUAGUUUACCAAAAUUAAAAAGGUCUGUCUAUUCAGUAAAGGAAAACAAAAAGGGCGAAUAAAAAACAGUCACAAUAACAAAGGUAUUUGAGUGGUUUUAGCUGGGAGUCGCAGAUCGGAGUGGAUCCUUUUCGGAAGUCAGCAGAAACAUUGUUUUCCAAGAAGACUUGUUGCACCUUCGAGAUCCAGCGCUUCUCCAGCCUUACCCAUCGGUUUAAUUAAGUUUCUCCCUAGUCAGCUCCAGGCUGCGGCUUGGAGGACCAAACCGCCACCAUUGAUCCCAGCAGCUGGAGCGGCAGUGAGAGUCCUGCCGAGGACAUCGAGAGGAUGAGCGACUCGGCGGACAAACCCAUGGACAACGAUGCCGAGGGGGUUUGGAGCCCUGACAUUGAGCAGAGCUUCCAGGAGGCCCUGGCCAUCUAUCCGCCUUGUGGACGCAGGAAGAUCAUCCUCUCCGACGAAGGCAAGAUGUAUGGGAGAAAUGAGUUGAUAGCCAGAUACAUCAAACUACGAACGGGAAAGACAAGGACGCGGAAGCAGGUGUCUAGUCACAUACAGGUCUUAGCAAGAAAGAAAGUUCGCGAAAUCCAAGCUGCCAUCAAGGUGUCUAGUCACAUUCAGGUUCUUGCCAGAAGGAAAUCUCGUGAGUUUCAUUCCAAGCUAAAGGUCACGAGCAUGGACCAGACGGUAAAGGACAAGGCCCUGCAGAGCAUGGCCUCCAUGUCGUCAGCCCAGAUCGUCUCUGCCACCGCCAUCCACAACAAGCUGGGCCUGCCGGGCAUCCCGCGUCCUGCCUUUCCCGGGGCCCCUGGGUUUUGGCAGGGAAUGAUAUCGACAAGCCAGCCCGGAUCAUCACAAGACAUUAAACCAUUUGCCCAGCAAGCUUAUCCAAUUCAGCCGGCCGUAACAACGCCCAUUUCAGGGUACGAGCCCCCCGCUGCCCCGGCCCCCACCGUCCCGGCCUGGCAGGGCCGCUCCAUCGGCACCUCCAAGCUCCGGUUGGUGGAGUUCUCCGCCUUCCUGGAACAGCAACGGGACCCGGACUACAACAAGCAUCUCUUUGUGCACAUCGGACAGACGAAUCACUCCUACAACGAUGCCUUGCUGGAGUCGGUGGAUAUUCGUCAGAUUUAUGAUAAAUUCCCCGAAAAGAAGGGGGGUCUGAAGGAGCUCUUUGGCAAAGGCCCGCAGAAUUCCUUUUUCCUUGUAAAGUUUUGGGCCGACUUGAACUGUAAUAUCCAGGACGACACAGGGGCUUUCUAUGGGGUGACCAGCCAGUAUGAGAGCUCCGAGAACAUGACAAUCACCUGCUCCACGAAGGUGUGCUCUUUUGGAAAGCAAGUAGUGGAAAAGGUGGAGACUGAGUAUGCGCGGUUUGAGAAUGGACGCUUCGUGUACAGAAUAAGCCGGUCGCCCAUGUGCGAAUACAUGAUCAACUUCAUCCACAAGCUGAAACACCUGCCAGAGAAGUACAUGAUGAACAGUGUUCUGGAGAACUUCACCAUACUGCUGGUGGUGACGAACAGAGACACGCAAGAGACGCUGCUGUGCAUGGCGUGCGUGUUCGAGGUGUCGAACAGCGAACAUGGAGCCCAGCAUCACAUCUACCGGCUGGUGAAGGAAUGAGAAGCGUACGGCCUUUUCACAGAAACACCUUUCACUCACACAGACUGAAAACCUCAGCAACAGCGGCAGUGCCUCUAAAUUAAAAUCAGACCCAGAUUGCUUUUUCGGUCACGUUUGGGUGAAGCCUAUUAUUAUUAUUAUUAUUAUUACUAUUAUUACUAUUAUUAUUUGACUUAAUGUAUAUGUGUAUGACUGCAGCUGUGAAUUGCGGUACAGUUGUAUUAUGUUUUGAUACAAAAGUUCAAUUUAAUGGAUGACUAGUCAAUGUUUGUAGGAAGAUGUAUAUAUACCAGUGGCAGUGCAUAACGAAAGACAGAGUUCUCUGUUGGAUUGAAUUUGGGCAACGGAAUAAUUUUCCUUUUGUUUUCAUAUUGUAAUGUCAAUUAAGGAAAAAAAUAACAAAGAAUAGUAGCUUUGUUUUCUUGAGUUAUGUAAACUACAUUAUAUGUAUUUCGAGUGUGUAUUUGUGUGGUUGCUUGUGUGUUUGUAUAUAUGUAUAUACAUACACACACACAUACAUUUUCCAAAGAAAAGUAUUUGAAAUAUAUAAUUUUUUUUUCGAUAAGUACAUUUACAAAUGAAAGCUAUUUAGAAUGAAAGAUUGUGAAUACUUAUCACAACAAGGACACUACACAACAUUUGUAGCUUUCAGGGAGGUAAGAGACCCCAGAAAAGUAAAGUAAAAUGCUCCACAUCACUGAAUCAGGUGACAUACAUACAGAAGAGUGAAUGCACUGUGAUAUUAUCUAUAUAUUUACGGCAUAAACAUUGUCUCGGCCCAAGCCUGGACAACCCUUGCAUUGCAAUAAGAAACUCAUUGAACUUACCCCUUUAAAUUAUCCUGUGCUGUGGAAAUGUUUAUCCCCCCCCCUCCCCCCACGUGAAUGGGAAACAAAAAAGAAGGUCUUUAGAACAUAUAACACGAGUUACAAGAGCACUGCUUUGGAGUGGAACGUCACCCUGUCCUAAGCACUUGGGUUUUCCGGUAGGACAUGCCUUACUGAGGUUAGCUGUUGUUUUUGCCUUUUAGAAUAUAGACAAAAGAAAUGUAUUUGUCAGGAGACAGGGGCUUUCAUCUGUAGGAGUAGCAGGAAAAUGGGAAACCAUGUGAUUUUAGUGGCUGUCAUAUUUUGUGUAAUUCCAGAACAAGCUAUAUGUUUGGCCACUGUUUUUUUUCCCUUUUUUGUUACAUAAGAAAUCCUAUCCGGUAUCAGUUGGUCGCUGCCUUUACAUACUCAAAUCCUAUCAAAUCUGUGGCCUAUGUUAUUAGUUUUCUACAACUCUGAGCCUUAAACGUGGUGGUGUGAAUUCCAAAAGAUGCCAUUAAAGCUGUGAGCUCUUUCCUAAGCUGGAAGACUUUCUUGUUAUCAUAGCAUGUGGGACUUUUUACAGUACAGAACUGCCAAAGUAUAACUGUACACAGUGCCUUAGUGUAUGUUGUAACACGAAACGUCAUUUCUCUGUCGGAGCACAUCUUUUCAUUUCUGAAACGAGAUCAGUUUUUGUGAAUAAGGAACAUACUUUUCUUUUAAAUAUACAUGCCAACCUUAACCAUACUUUAUCAAAAGUAUCUAAGUAAAAAAUAUAUCUAAAUUUUUUCAACAUCUGAUCAUAAAAUGACUUUCGUGGGAUUUAUUUUUCAGAGUAAAACAAUAUAUACAAUACUGAGUUUUGCCUUUUCCUGCUCUAAAAGACCAAAAAUGUAUAGAGAUUUCCUAGAUCUCAGAUAAUUCCCUGCACUGUAGCAUGAAGGUGCCUUUGGUUUGGAAUCUCCAGCUUAGAAAAGACAAAUAAAAAAAAAAAAAAACAUAAGAAUCACUAAUUGUAGCAAAACCAAAAAAGAGGAAAAAAAAUAUAUGGAAAAAAUGGAUCACCACAUUGCCUUUUUAGGUUUUGUAAUAAAUUAAGGAACAUGUGUUUCAAUGGAGAUGGAAAGAUUUAUUACAGCGACAAUUUGGUAUACGUCAAAAUGGAAAACAUGUAUGUAUAUUUCAGUGAUGAUGGCUCCUUUGAGCUGCAUUUAAAAGCAGGAAAACAAUUUAGCAGAAUUUUUUAACCUGUGCUGCUUACAUCAUUUUCUGAACGAUAAGUACGGUGAUUAUUGGUUUAAUUAGUAUUAACUGCCUUGGACCUCUUAAUCCUCCCUUAAAGAUAAAUGGGAAAAGACGCGAACUCACGAGAAUCGUCAGUUUUGGGUUAAAACUGCACUUGAUACAUAACUUGACUGCAUAGAUACUGCUGUUUAGAGUCGUUACCCAACAUUGAAUACUACAGAUAAAGUUUUUAUAUUCUUAUUUUAAGAAAUAGGAUAGCCAACCACAUUUGGCCUGGAUGAGUUCUGUGUUGCAGUGCUGAAAUGGAGAUCAUCAGGGGUUAGACACCAAGGUGAAUGUUACUUGACUGUUAGAAUACACACUUAACUUACAUGCAACUGACAGAAUGGACAUUGAUUCCCGAGCUGCUAGUUAAUCACUUCUGAAAUAAUUAAUUUUGUUUUUCUAGGUGCCAGAAUAAAACCCACUGCCCUUAUUUUUUUCCCCUGUUCUUGUUCAGCUAUACAAGUCUUUGGCUGGCAUGUCAGUUCCUCAGUUUUAGAGAUUUAGAGUAAUAUCCUCAGCGGUCUCACACAAUGGCAAUGGUCUUAGAGCAACCUAACUCAAUAGAGGAAAACGAGUCCAAACUAUGUUCGCACGGCGUGGCGCCAUGGUGCCUAAAGUAGAGUAUGGAGUUUUGUAUUAUUUACAAUCAAAUAGACUUUGUUUAACCAACUUUUCGGUGUAUGACAGCUGUCUUGCCCUGUGUACUUUAUGAAUAACUUAAUGAGGUAAAACUCAGUUCCUGUUUUAUUGCGCUACAUGUAUGCAACCGUUUUUUGUGAUGACUUCAUUAUUCUCUGGACUUAAGUCAGUGGUUAUACUGUUACUGCUGCACUGCCGGCACAUUUGGCAAAGUCAGUUCCGUUUCGAAAUCUCUCGGGAUUCCUCUCCUUUAAGUGGUCAUAAAAUUUUAUUACCUUUUACAUAAUGAAUGUUUAGAUGGUGUUUUAAUAAUAUGGACCCUACAUGAGGACGUCUACAGGAAUUUUGACGCAAACAUAUCAGCAGUUUAGCUCUUGUCACGUUUGUAUUUGUCUGUCUGUAGGUAUCGGUACCUUGUUUGUUACCAUUUUCAAUGUUGGCUUUAAAGUGAACUUCUUAAGCUCAGAUAGUAUCAUGAACACUAUUGGGUUUGUGUGCAGAUUUUAAAGGUGCUUUGUAUAAAGAAAAAUCAUGUAUCCUGGCUUAUCUGGGCACAAAAUUGUGUGAAACCUUUACUAUCCAUAACGAGGGUAAGCGGAGGGGCAAGAAAAGUGAAAAGAAAAUUGCUUAGUGUGUGUGUUCAUUACUGCAAAUGGUCUCGUCUUUGCUCCGUAACAUUUUGAUGCCUUCUUGAUACAGUGGUAGAUAUUUUGUAGCUUUCUAGAAAAUUUGUAUGCAGAUAAUAUCAAAUGAAAAUAAAUGAUAAAACAGUG